AUGACGAGCACUGCACCUUCCAAGAAGCCUUACCGCAAGGCUCCUCCGCAGCACCGCGAGAUCCGUCACGAGCUGCCCAUCCUGCGCGGCGACCAAGAUGGUGUGAUUUUGGCGGAGCAGAGUCAGGUAACUGAAAGCCGGGCAGCUAAGGGCCUGGUCCCACUUCGUCAGCCGAAGGGGUUUAGUUACCCCAAGGCAGGCCAGCCCAAACAGCAGGUGGAUGGGUAUGAGGUUUGCAACGUUAACUUUUCUUCCUGGUCUCUGGAGUCGAGCAGCGACAAGGAGCUAGCAGGGUGCCGAGCAGAGCUGAACCUGAAGAGCCGGACUCUGUCGCCUGUGCUGCUUCACAGUGGGAAAACGGGAAGGCGGAGUGUGAGGCACUGUCGGCACCCUAGCCGCGGGCGGCUCAGUAAGUUCAUGAGUCGAAGCGUAGAGACAGUAGUGGUUUCUGGGGACGAAGGCCGGAGGCCGAAUUGCUCCUUCAAGAGUAGAAGCCUGGAGCGUUCCCUCAUGUUCAAAGAGCCUGCUGAGAUCUUAGCACCUAGGAAGUUCCAUGUCCCAUUGACCCACCUGCCCCUCAAGAGCAUCUUGAAGCAGACAGACAUGCUGGAAGUGCGGCCUGAGAGCCUGCGCAAAUCUCGCUCGGUGGAGACCCUGGCCCGUGGCCGCCGCUCACGGAAGUACAGCGACCCUCAGCUGUGCCUGAGCAGGCCGGACAAGCGCGGCUCCGAGCACAACAGCGGGAGCUGCUCCGACUCUGUCAGGCGGAAGGAGAAAAUCACAGAGGAGAAGCUCCAGUUCUCCAAGUUUCUGGAUGAGAUCACCCACCGGGUGCUGAGCCCUGUCCACUUGCACUCCUUGGGGGAGGGCAGAGCAGGAGAAGGGAGCCAGGACUCCCCCACUUCUCCCAGGUGCUCCACACCAGAAGGGCAGAAGGAGAGCCAGCCUGAAGGCACCAGGAGGACCGCUGAGAAAAGCCCUCGGCUCACUAGGAGGAAAGCAGAGCGGAGGCGCGAGGGUCUCGAUGUGGUACCUUGCCGUAAGAAGCUGCCAGAGGAGAUGGAGAGGGCUUCCAGGCUAAGGAGGAAGCCCGUCUUGGUGAGGACGGACAGCAAGUUCCUCUCCAUGGAGAAGCGGGUGGUGGAUCUGUGUCAGUAUCAGCUGCAGCACCUGGCAGAGCUGGGCUUGGCAAGGGUGUCUUCUGAGCAGCAGCAUCUGCCUCCAUGGAAGACGCUGGGUCAGGAGGGAGGGAGGGACGAAGGGCAAGACCAGAGUGAAUACCCACCGCGGCUCGUGUGGCUACAGCCCCUGGGUUGCAGAACUAGCCCGAGGCCAGUGCUGGAGCCGAGCUACUUGGGAAAAGGGUCCUUCUCCCCUCCCUCACGUUGGAGCCAGGAGGAGGGCAGUGCCUCACCCAGAGCCUCCCCUUCCUUCAGCUUAGCGCUAAACAAGGUAGGUGCUUAGUGAAGAGGGAGUGAGGGACAGAUGUUUGUCUGCCAAGUUUUGUCUGUUGUAACUUAGAGCACCGGGAUGCCAGAUCUCCUUAAGUCUCUGUGAGGUUUGACCAAAGGGGUUUUAUCCCCAAAUAUUAUCCACCCAACAUGUUUCUUAUUAGCUCAUUCCCCGCUUGUGUCGAUCCUUAAAAUCGGAAACUGAGCCCAGAUGCUUGAAUACUGAAUACGUCAUGCUUUCUGAGUAGGCCAUUGAUUUUUCUUCCUUCCUUUUGGCAUCCAGGUUGCCCUGGGUACGCUUCUUUGGAGAUGCUUACCUGCCGAGUGCCAGUAUAUGUGUUUGUGGCAGCUUACCUGUUUUGCUAAACUGCCCAGUAAAUUCCUCAGGCACCUUUGUAUGAGUCACAGUUCUUGAGAAAAUCUGCCACUCACUUCCAUCCAUCAUGGAAAGCUGAGUGUACCCUAAUGAAAAGGUGUUUUGUCUUUGCCCAGAUCUCUCUCCUGCCCUCUUAUAUCAGGCAUUGCAUGCUGGGAGAUUGCCAGUUGCCCCAUACUUUGUAAUCUGAUAGGGCAAAUCUUGCUAGAGUCAGUACGUUCAGGACCACUGUCAUAAGCUGGCAUGAUUGGGCACCAGCCAAGGCCCUUUGCCCUGGCAAGGGGCCCAUCAUUGAAAGCCCCCUGGACCCAAAGACGCAGUGAGCAAGCAAAAAGUAGCAGAGACCCGGACAAACAGGUAGAUAAGCAGGUGGUAGCAACAAAAAUAAAAAGAAUGGAAGCAAGCAGUUGCAGUUUGCUGAGGGUGUCUUGUCCAAGGGUCCUCCCCAAAAUCUGAACUCAGCAGUAUGUGUCAGUAUUGUUUAGGGAUAUUAAGUCUGUAUGGUGUAGUGUUUGAUUAGGUCUGGGAAGACCAGAGUUCAAAUUCCUACAGAGGCACGAAGCUCACAGAACGACCUUCGACUGCUAACACUCUCUAGGCCUAACCUACCUCAAAGGCCUUUUUCUGAGGAUAAAUUGGGGGGUGGGGAGAGGCCCUGCAUGCUCCCCUGAGCUCCUUGGAGGAAUAGCUGGUAGGGAGGGGCCAGGAAAUGUAAGAAAUAAUUAAAAAUAAAACAAUGGCAUGUAACUUGAAGUGUCUUCCUAUACAAUGGGGAUUGUUUUAAGAUUGUUGGUAGCGGUCUCAUUUGUGUGGUGCUUUACCUACAUGUAUGGUGGCCUGAGCAAUAUAGAGUGCAGGACAGUAUACAGCAUUUGCUGGCCAGUGGGUAUCCUGAAUGCAGUGUGGAUGCUCAUGGGCAGUAAAAGAGAACAAAAAAAGUGGCUGGGAGUAUCUCCCUCGGUCUGUUCAUUAACGAAGGAUCAUAUUCACCACAGAGCAGGUCUUCGGUUUGCACAGUGAACACUAAUGCUGUCAAUUUAAAGCUGUCUAGUGACUGACAUAAUUUAGGCUGGUAUAGUGCAGAAUUGAAUCUUAACCGCCCUGAGACCUCUAGGUAUAGGGUGGUAUAUAAAUUCAAUAAAUAAAAAAAUAAAUAAAAUUAAUCCCAUCUGGGUGUGGUUGGACCAGAGCUCUUUGUAUGAGAAUUAGAGGGUGCUGUGGGUUAUAUCCAUCUGGCACUUGUAUGCUUCAGUUUGCCACUCUGAAAACUUGCCCAUAUUUUUCAGUGAGAUUCUUGCUUCUGUUUCCUUUUUUGCACAGGAGCCCUUGACGGAUGCAGAAAGGAUGAGGUAAGUAUCCUCGUCGCUUUCGUUAUGCAAAUCUUUAUUUUCCAGGCUACUACUUUCAUGCUCAUUCUCUGAACUUGUGUGAUGGCUUUCCCUUCCUUUAAGGCUCUACACCAGGGCUGGGGCCUUUUGGGUUUGAUGGGCCAGAUCUUCAUCUUCCCUCACCCUGAUGGGCCAAGCUUGGUAGGUGGGUGGGACCACCUACCUGCCAAUCAUCUGGUGUCAUAGUGACACCAGGUGAUUGAUAGGGGGUGGUCCUGCCCACCUGUCAAAGCUGAUCAGCUAAAAUUUAAACCUUCAUCCUGCAGCCAUGUUUCUACCUGCCAUCACAUUAUGUCAAGCGUGGAGGAGGUGGGUUUGGUUUCAGGACCAGAAGGUGUCACCUGGCAGGUCAGGUUUACCCUGGCCUUUGGCACCUAAGAUACUCCCAUUAUUGGCACCUAUUAUUGUGACUGAAAUUUGUUUUAAUGGUUUUUAAUACUGAAUUUCAAAUUUUUGUAACCUGCCAUGGUAAUAAAUUUGAUGAUGAUGAUAAUUUGUGGGCCAGAGGUUCUCUACUCCUGGUCUGUGCCCAUCAGGAAGCGUUAUCUCACAAACUUGAUGGUGCAGUGGCUGGAACGACGGUCCCGGAACUGAUAUAGCUGCCUCAGGCAUAGAUGCCAGAGCUAGUGUAGGUGGAGACCCUGCUGUACAAGCACAAACAAAGGGUCCAAACUUUACAUUAGGUUUUCAACUUGCUGUUCCAGCAGGAAGAGUGGAUAGGCAAUCAUUCAUUCCAACAGCAGGCAUCUAUUUUAAUUUCUUGAAAACAUGUUUUAAGCGCUAUUAUUUGAAUAUGAUCUGCUGUGCUUGGGAUAUGUCCUUUGUGCCGUCUCUCUCACUAUGAAAGUCAGAUGUGUAAAAAUAUCUGCAAGGAGGCAGCAGUUUUUUGGAUUGCUCUUAGAUCAAUCCAAACAAACCCAAUACAGUAGCAGAACUGUUGGGAGACUUUGUUCAUGCAAGCAGAUGUAUGGCUGGGACAGCAGAAGACUUCUGUGCCAGUAAGCCGUUAUGCAAGCAUAGGCUGUAUCUUCCUCCAUAGACUGAUUCCAUUCACUUGCUUGGAAACUGGGUCACUUUUCCUCUGUGAGGGUGGAGAUGGGCCGAUGUCGACUGACCCGCCUCCCUGCAUCCUUGCUAGAUGUUUCAUGGCAGCACGUAAAUUAUUGAGUGAGUCUCAUCUUCCAGUGGAGGACACCUAAACUGCACAGCCCCAUCUGGCUACUGUGUUUAGUACAGAUACUGUAAACUGAGACGCUGCUGGCAUGGAUGAGUGGCCGGCUACUGAGAAUAAGGCUCUCUGUCUCUGCUCUGGUGGCAAUAUGAUCAACUGACAUGACCUUUUGUUAUCUACAGCAGAUUCCCGUAUGUGCUCAGGCCUCUGCUCAAAGCGGCUUGCUACUCAUAAACAGAAUUUAGUGGCACAAGAUCCAGAAAAGGCUUCACUAGAACACCCUUGCUAUUCCUGACCACCAGAAUGCACCUUAUUACCCAUCUUUCCCAGUCUCUGCUGAUCGUCUUCUUCCUGGUGUGCAGAUAUGUCUCCAGAGUCGUCCUCCUGGAACUCAAAGGCACUGGCAGGAAUCCAGUAGAGCUUAGGGCAGGCAUAGGCAGCCUUCAGCCCUCCAGAUGUUUUGGACUACAAUUCCAAUCAUCCCUGAUCUGUAAACUCAUCCCGAGAUUUUUUCACAACACAGUCAUUUUCUUCAGAUGUCUUUUCAUGUCCUGUGUGCCGCUUUGCACCUGAACAGAGAAGGGGAGGGGUUGGCAGAACUGUCGGAGUGCGUCUUCCUGCAGCCCUCUUUCAAAAGUGAGGCUGUAAGUGUUGUACAGUCGUACCAUGGAAUGGAAUCCGUUCCGGAAGUCCAUUCAACUUCCAAAACGUUCAGAAACCAAAGCACAGCUUCUGAUUCACUGCAGGGAGCUCCUGUAGCCAAUCAGAAGUCGCGGAAGCCCUGUCGGACAUUCAGGUUCCAAAAGAACGUUUGAAAACCGGAACACUCACUUCUGGGUUUUGAUUGUUUGGGAGCCGAUUUGUUCAUGAACCAAGGUGUUCAACUUCCUAGGUAUGACUGUAUGGAAGACUGCAGCACUUGUAGUUUUUAUUCAGGAUGUUGUUGCUUUGUUUGCAUUAGGUUGUUGCAGCAUGAGAAUGAGGAGCUGCGUCGGCGUCUGGCUUAUGUCACCAACAAAAUGGAGGCAAUGGAAAGGGAGUUGGAGUCUGGGCAAGACUAUCUGGAGAUGGAGCUGGGCCAGAAUCGUGAGGAGCUAGAAAAAUUCAAGGACAAGUUCCGUAGGUAUGUCAGCUUUAAGAAGCUCUGGGGUGCUGUAAGAGAAGGGAACCAGCUGGAUAGAAGGACACAUUGCUUCCUAACCAUCUGAGAUGUAUAUCCUAUACUUGGGAUUGCUAUUUGCAGAUUUUGGGGGGAAGCAAUAAAUGUGUCAUUGCACAAUAUAUUUUGUCCCCUCCCUCCCCGCUGACAAGUCGUAUGAAUCAUUCUGUGCACGGGAAAUGGUUUAGUGUUAAGUGGGUCCUUGGGAUGGGGGCCAUGAGUGGGGUGGAAGCAUUAUUUUAAAAGCCAAAAUUCGUCCGUCAGCAUUUUUCAUGCUAUGACUUGCUGGCCUAGUGUUCCCUGGGACUGAUAUGUUAAUAUCUUUAUGACUACCACAUGGCACAAUCUGAGAGGUGAAACAGGUAUGAUGAAGAAGAUUAGGUAGGCCUUGCCUCAUCUUUGCUAAAAACUAAAAGCAGCUGAGUAUGGCAAAGGGAUUUUGCUUCACCCUGCCUCAAGGGAAGGGUGCUGCAUUUAAUCCUGGUAGGGUAGAAGGGAGGCAGGCACAAUUGUCAGAAGAUGCGUUCAUUAAUCCUCCCCCAUGGUAUCUGUUUUAGCUGCAUCAUUUUGUUCCAGUGAGCAAAAUUACUAGCAUUUGUUGAGGCAUUGAAGUGAUGACCUAUAGAUGGAAGUUUGGAGGAUUCUUCCCCUGUCCCCAGCAACCUUGGAGGUUUACUAGAUGGAACUGGACCUGAGACUUAGGUUCAUACCAUGUUCAGCUCCUGAUUUCUCGAGUGCAGAGAGCAUAGACAAGUUGACUGUCCUCAGCUUAGAAAUAAGGAUAAUGGGGGCAAGUUCAUUAUGAAGAUGGAUGCAGUAAUUAUUGCAAAGGUCUUCAUAGAUAGAAAAGAAGAUGGGAAAUGCAGAAAGGGCGAUGGGAUUGACACUUGUUGGCAAAGCUUUCUCUCCCAUUAGAUAAAACUAGGUUUAGGAGUCUUCUUUGCAUCUUCUGAUUCCUUUAGCAUCCUUUCUCCAAGGCUGAGACCAAGACCAGUUUUGGUCCUCUGCAAGUUGGUCAGGCUUGUUUUUUCUUCCAUCUCGUCUAUCCAUGAACAUAACGUCCCUCCAUCAACUUAAACUUCUUGGGCUUGCUACAAGGAAAGGUCAACUGCUCAUCUAUGGACUGGAAGGUGUGAAACUAUGACUUGGAGCCAUGGCACACGGCUUCUUGAAAUAUCUCCACCUCACCUAACUUCUGAAUUGCAGGGUGUCUGGUGUCACUUCAGUAACCUGAACGAUCUUGUGUCUGUCUAUAGGUUGCAGAACAGUUACACAGCCUCACAGAGAACCAAUCAGGAUUUGGAGGAGAAGCUGCACACCCUGGUAAUUGACCUGCUGAGUCUAUAAGAGGGAAGAGCGGGUGGGCCACACUCUUGUCUAAUGGCUUGACUCCGAUUGCAGUGUAGUAACACCAGGAUGUAAGUCAGGAUUUGAGGCAGAAUCUCAGCAUGAAGUUGCCCAGAGGGAGCUUUGCAUUCUAGAUCGUCUAUGUUGCCUGCACCAGAGUUUGGGUUCUUCUGCAAUGUAGCUACUUGUAGUUUUUGUCUCACAUCAGCUUUUUAAAAACCCAGAGUGCUGGAAAUUUGAUGUGCUGCUUUUUGUAGGAUCUGGGUGGGGAAAACUCAUCAUGGGGUGGUGGGAGUGGAGCCAACAUUUGUGUACUGUGUGCAUUCAUAACACUCAUGGCUGUUUCUUUUCUUUCCUUUUUCUCUCUCUGUCUCUCUCCUUUUCUUUCCAAUGCUGCUGCUGCUGGCAAAUGCUGGGUGCACUCACCUCUCAGGCCUCGCUCAGUCAAAGCUGGAUUUUUGCAGUUGCGUCUUUUCGUUUGUGUGUUGUUGUUUUUCUAUCUCCUCUGCACAUGCCUCAGCCUGUCCAGUUUCAUUGUUGGUCGCACAUUAUUCAGUUCUACUUCUGUCCUAGAUGGGGUCCCAGCAGCUUGGGUUUUGUAGGGGAAAGGUUAUCCUUGGGAAUCCGACCAGUUCUGGCCCGCAUGUUCUAGCAUGGGCUGCUCCUUCUUACUUUCAGUUAUUGUCUAGCUUGGGAAAGAAAUGUCCUCUGCUUAGAGAAACCUGGAACUCAUGGGACCCUCUGUAGAGUAGUUCUCCUCUCUAGUCAUCUGGAUGCAGCUCCAGUGAUUAGUAUGUUGGCCACCAGCUUGUAUUAUAAGGCACUUCUUGUCACUUGGGAUCUCUGUGGAUUGUGAAUGGAUUCCUGCAGAACAUACAUUUUUUAAAAAGACGUGCCCUAUUAACAUUUAAGCCACUGAAAUUGGACGUGGUAGUUCAGCCAUCUCUGCCCUGUGGCAUUCCCCUAUUCAUCUCUGUUGAAUUUCAGAGAAGCAGAAAAACUCUUCCCUGGCAUCUUGAAUAUGUCUCUUUAAUUAUAGUUCUUAGGGACCAAGUUAACAAGUCCCACGGAGGUGUUCAUACUCAGGACCGUUCAUUUCAGUACAAACUCAAUCUACAUCCCAGAUCAUUUUUAUAGGCUACCUGCAUCCUGCUGAGCUUAUUCGUGCCCUCCAUUUUUCUUGUAGAAAGGCAAGUGUGGAGGAAGUUCAGCUGUUAUCUGAGCCUAGUGAAAUUUGCUGCUGAGGCAGGUGUUUGGUGGGAUGGCCUUAGGACUCUUCUGUGUUGGUGCCCGAGCCAUCACACGAAGGAUCUGGGGGAAGGCAGAGGGCUGGGACCUUGAUUCUUGGAGCAAGGGGUCUCCAGUUCCAUUCAUUUUAAAUCCAGUUUCUGUAACUGGAGGGGGGGACUUGGAUCCAGACAAAGUUAAUUGGACUUCGUGCCCAUUGAAAUCAAUGGGACAGGUUAGUCACAACUUAAAUUCCAUUGAUCUCAGGGGAGACGCAAGUUCAACUAACUUUGUCUGAAUCCUACCUUUUUUGCAGUGUAUUUUACAACUCUCUGACUGCACCACACUGAAUGGAAAAUAAGCACCCGGAGAAUAUCAGCUUUCUUGUUAAUACUUAAGGCUGCAGUUUUAUGCACACUUCAUUUGAUGUAAGCCCCAUUGGAGACAGUGAUAACUUACUUCUGAGCAAACAUGCAUGGUAUUUGACUGCAUGUCUGCGAAGAAGAUAGAUUUCAAAAUGAGCAAGAAAAUGCCUGUUGAAUUUCCAGAACUGGAUUUCCCCUUCACAGAGCUCUUCCUUUCCCUGUGACUGGAAGUAACAGAAUAAUUUUUGCAAAAUAAGAACCCCCCCAUUUGCUUCUCUUCCAUAACGUACACAAUUUCCAGUAUUCUAACUUUCUUGUUUCUGAAGUUUUAUUUAUUUUUUUAGAAAAAAAGACAUCUUGCAUGUACAGAGCUCUGUAUCUGUAUGCUCUGCUUAAAAUUCUCAUGUCUUGAUCAAGUUUCCAAAUUUGGCAAUUCUGCAGAAUCUCUCCCACUCUUUUUUUGGUGGGGAGGCUAGGAAUUGCAAGGAGGGGGGGGAAAGCUUGGUGAAAUUAGGGGAACAGGAAUUGAAGCUUAUGAUGCAAGCACUGAGUGAAUGUGUGCUGCUCUUGUAUAUGCUAGAAAACCUGCCACGAUUCUUUGGUUUUUUUUAAGUAUGUAACUCUGGCCACAUUCCUCCAAGGUGCCCCCCCCCCACCUACUUCAGCUGUGUGGGCUAGAAGCAUGUUCUUUGGUAAAAUGAAAACUGAGAUUUUAUUGGAAUUUGCAGGGGGUGCAUAGUUUGUUUUACAGUCAUAUUUUACCAUCAAUGAGGUGCAGGCAGAUUGCUGGAUCCUUGCCUAUAGUGUCAGAAGUGUGAUUACGUAUUGCCAUUACCCUUUGUAGGAUAAAGUGUUAGUAAUUGCUGUGCUGAGGGAGAGAAGGUUUGCUUAGGAGACCACAUUACUCAAUGGGAGCUGGGCUGUGUACUCUUCCAGUUGUUACGGUUGCCAUCCGCCCCUUGGAUAAAGAGGUCCUACACUAGCGGUUGUUGUUGUUUUUUAACUGACUACCCAAGUGACGGAUGCCCUACAGUAUGCUAAGGAUGUCUCUCAACAGGCUUCACACAACUAGGGAGCAUCUUCAAAGCCCAAUUUCACAAUAGUCUCUGUUGGCAUGUCCAAACCCUGACUACUUAAGGGACAGUGUUCACCCUCUGCAUGAUCUGCUUGCCAAAUAGCUAUGAAGAGCAACUGCACCAGUGAAGUCUCCAAGUGCAGAUUGCUUUCAUAACUAGUAAAUGUGUCUUAAGUCCUCCAAGCAAACGGAUGCAGAAUGACUGAUUCCAUGUGCUGGUUGAGCCCCAUCUUCCUCCCUUGCUUAAGGGCAAAAAGGGAGCUCUGAAUUUAUUGGCGUUGAGUGGGGUUGGGUUUUUUUCCUUCAAGGGAAUUGGGCAGGGAGGAAGUUCAGCUGCUGCUGACAAAUGGGACUCACCCCCUAUAUAUCCCUGUACUCCAGAUUAAAAAAGCAGAAAUGGAUCGCAAGACUCUUGAUUGGGAGAUUGUGGAGCUCACUAAUAAACUAUUGGAUGCCAAAACAACCAUCAAUAAACUGGAAGAGCUUAAUGUAAGUACUCCUUUCCCCCAGAUUAUGAAUUCACUGCAAGGAAAGGGAAUGAACUAAGAGAUUUCAUUUCCCCUGAACAAUGGACCUGUAUAAUCACAGUUGGUGUUGGAACUUUUGCUGACUAUGUAGGUCAGAGCUUUCCAAACUUUUCAUGUUGCUGACGCACUUUUUAGACAUGCAUCAUUUUGCGACACGCUAAUUCAGUUUUGCAUCAUUUUGUGACACAGUAAUUCAGUUUUAUUAGCAAACCAGGGGUUAAACCAACCCCUUUCCAGCCCCGGGAGGAGCGCGGGGAGUGUUUGUGUGACACACCUACACACUGCAGCCGCCACUAACAUGUCGCGACACACAGUUUGGAAAGCUCUGAUGUAGGUUAUCUUAUGCUGGAUGGGAAGAACUGUUUCCUUAGCACACCUGCUGUCUAGGAAUAUUAUCUUUAACAAUAAAUGGGCAUCUCUUUCUCCUUCAUGCAUUUUGGUGCAAUGGUAGUGAGAUUAUCCCACAUUUUCUGGGCAUCUCAGUACUGAAAAUCCUCUGUUUUAUCUUAAGACUUUAAAGGGAUGAACAGCAAAGAGGCAUCUUCAGUAGAAUAAAAUGCUCAGGCUGCUUGACUUAAGAAAGCAAGAUCUGUAUGUCCCUACUCUUACUGACCAGUUCAUGAGCCAUUUUAAUCCAGAACAUUUGGAUUGGAAUAAUACUAGAUUUCAUUGACUCAGAUGAGCUUAAAUCUUGUUUAAACUCAAAUACUCUGGUUGUGGAUGGAGGUGAAAUAUAGCAUAAAAGCAGGGGGGUGUUGUUUAAAUUCAGUAAGUCUGUAAAACUUAACAGACAUACAGGAUAGAUUUGGGAGGGUGCUCUGCUUCAAAUCUUAUAGCGUUUUCUUCUGUCCGGAUGAAUGUGAGUUAGAACCUAGAUCAUUUUACAGGGCUGGCAGAGAGGAUUAUUAUUGCUAUUAUUAUUAUUGCUAAUGCUAUUAUUAUUAUUAUUGAUAUUGUUGUUAUUACUAUUAUUAUUUUAUGUGAUGUAAUCAGAACCAUUCCUACUGCUAGCCUAAGUCAGCUGGCUUUCUGUAAAGUGGCAGAUUCUGAGGUACCAUUAAAGCCCUCAGGUAUCACCAUGGAGCAACUUUUUUUGGGGUCUUUUUCAUUUUUUGCCUCAGGCCCCAAAAUGUCUUGGGGCAUCUCUGAAUGCGAUUUGCCAAUCCCUGCAUGUUGUCUUGACAGGAGCGAUAUCGGCAGGACUGUAACCUGGCAGUGCAGCUCCUGAAGUGCAACAAGUCUCACUUUCGGAAUCACAAGUUUGCUGAUGUGAGUGGAAAUCUUGAGCAGGGUGGUUGGUUGGGGGAACCUUGUUCCAGGCUUCUCUCUCAUCCAAUACAUAGAAAGCAUAGGAGGAACUGCUUUUCCUCAUUCUGCAGGGACUCCCAACAAAAGACAAUUAAUGCCUUGUCAUCUUGUCUUCUCAUUGUUCCUCAGCUGCGUUUCUGUAGGUGGGAAGGAGGGAGGUUGUUGUCAUUGCUACACCAGCCUUGAGCUUGAUAGCCUGUUAGGGCUCUGAACGGAGCCUAGAGAAUUGCAGGUCUCCUGCUGAAUCAUCUCUUUCUUCCCCGUUGCGACAAAGGAGUUAGUGAAUGAAUGGAGAAGGCUGUUAACUCCAGGUGCUCUUGACUCAUCAUGAUGGAGGAAGUUUUGUGUAGUGUCAGGAGAGAAAAUAAAAGAGACUAGGUGGGCUGGGAUGGCUGGCAACCCUUGGGUGGUUUCUAGCCUUCAGGAAGAUAGAAGGUCUCUUAAGACUGUUGUGAUGUGGUGCCCAGUCCCAUCUUUAGGGCCACUUGGCAUGUCAGUUUAUCAUCUCACAGCUAUCCCAGAGUUCAGCACAUCUUAUAAUGGGCAUAUACUUGUAUAGAUUGCAGCUUUUUUGUACCCAUGUGUGCUUUGCAUGCAUUAUAUGCUCAAAACAGGCUCCUGGACACCAGUAGCAGUCAGGCAAAGAAGGCGGAGGAGGUUUACAUUGCGCAAGGAGUAACCUUGUACUGACAGAGCAUUCAUUUUAGUGCUAUUGAAUACAACCUCCUCUACCUUAACUGGAUUUAUGUCCUACCAAGUCUGUGCCUCUUCUCAUUGCAAAGCGUCAGUAUAGGUAGGCAGCAUGUUAAAUGCCAGAAACUGUAAAGCAAGAAACAAAAUUCAUACAGUCGUCUCCCUGCUGUAUUGACUGUGGAAAACACUGAGGCUUGGACUUCAGCAAAAAAGAGAAAAAGGAAUGUUCUUGCCUUUCAAGCAAAGCGCUCUGAUGGUCCUAUAAAGGAUUGCACCUGCAUGGUCCAUAUUACUGGUUGUGAUGGGACACAGAAAAAGAGGUGCUUGCUAAGGACUAUGGGGUUGCUCAAGUCUCUUGAGGACUGGAAUUCAUUUGUUCAUUCAUUGCCAAAGCCAGUUAGGCAAUUUAGGGCAAAAUCUCCCAUUGAAUUUCUUAUGCAUCUCCUGCCAUACAAAUGAGUAUUUGGUGUGUCCCUCACCUGACAAUCCAUGCAUUCAUGAAGCAAGGCUGAGGUCUUUGCCUGAACUUAGCAUGGAAAUGUAGAAGGCCGUGUAGCUAAGCCCCUCCUUCUAAUCCAGUUCCUUGCUGUCAAUCCAUGGGGCAGAGGUAUAUCUAAGGUCCUGUGGAGUAUACGCCUAAGCCCAGGGCACAGUUCUGCAGCUGCUCAACCCUGGGAGGAGUGGGAUGCUGCUCCUCUACAUUAACAACACGGUUCUGAUGCAGUUGGACCACCUCCAUGUUCCUUGAUGCAAUGGGCUUGAGGUGGUUUCAGGAGCAGUGGGAGUGUCAGGCUGCUUUUGUCUCCGGAGCCGGCAAGUGCCAGGAUGGCAAUUGAUUCUUAGUCUGGGGCAGGCUGCCAAGGCAGUGCCCUAUAAUUACUACAUGCUUCCUGGGAGCCUCAGAUUCUAGUAGUGGGGGCUGGUCACUCAAUUCAGCGCAGCCACCAGCUAAUUUUUUCCACUAAUCAAUAGCAUUAUGCUGGCCUAACAUGCACCAGCAAGGCUCUCUUGUUUAAUGUUCAAGUUUGAGCGUAUGUUUCUCCCUGUUUCUUCUGAAGGGGUCUUGUUUGUCAGGCCCAGAGCCAAGGCAGGGGGGCAGAACCACAUUUUUUCCUUGGUUAUUGGGACACAAAUGGAUCUUUUGAAUUUAUAGGCGGCUGGUGGUUUGAAAGAUGCUUUUAAUGACAUGUUGUGCCAGGACAGGAAGUUAGAGCUGGGCAAAUAGCGCCUUCCACAUAACUGCUUCAUCCAUCUGUCCUACCCUAUUAACUCAGUGGUUCUCUUAGUUAGGAGAUAACGUCCUUUUUCUCGUCUCCAUAGCUUCCCUACGAGCUGCAAGACAUGGUCAACAAGCACCUGCAUAGCACUCAGGAGACCUCUGGCCCCGGGCAGGAGGCCCCUCACAGCUUGGCUCCAUCGGAUGUGGUGCCCACCUCGGUGAUCGCCAGAGUCCUGGAGAAGCCGGAGUCCCUGGUGCUCAACUCGGCCAAAUCCAGCAGCGGCAGUUGCUCCAUCGCCGAGGACGUCUUUGUGCACGUCGACAUGAGCGGAGCUCCGUCCGACGCUUGCCCAAGCCCAGGCCAGCCUGGGAGUGAGGGGGCAGAGGGAGCAAGGCAGCAGAACGGGGGCUGCAAACCUCCAAGCGGCUUGGAGGGCCUCCCUGGAGAGGUGCCCGCAUUUGAGAAGCUGAGCCCGUACCCCACUCCGCCUCCACCCCACCCCAUGUACCCGGGGCGCAAGGUGAUCGAGUUCUCGGAAGACAAGGUGCGGAUCCCGAAGAACAGCCCCCUGCCCAACUGCACCUAUGCCACGCGCCAAGCCAUCUCCUUGAGCCUGGUCCAGGGGGAGGAGGAGAACGGCGACAGGCAGCGCACCCUUCCCAGCAGCCCCGCCUCGGAGGGCCAGCGCUCGGCUUCCAGCUGCUCUUACCAGCCCUCCCCCAAGGUGAGCCGAGCUCACGGCUCCUCGCAGAGCAGCCCCUUCAGCAGCCCCCCGCAGGUGCCCAGCACCUUCGCCAGCUCGGCCAGCUCCGAGGAGGACCUGCUGGCCAACUGGCAGCGGAUGUUUGUGGAGAAGGCUCCCCCCACCACGGAGCGGGUGCUGGUGAACCGCACCUCCUUCAGCCGCGACACGGCCCAGGAGCUCCAGAAACGGUUCAGCCGCUCCAUGCAGGAGCUCGGCCGGGCCGCCUCCACCUACUCGGAUGGCGAGGAGUCGGUGCAGAGCUGCAGCUGGACGGUGAGCAGGGACUCCAGCACGGACACCGACAGCACCGAGUCCCGCGCUCGCCGGGGCCACCUCUCCUCCGACUACGGCACGGACUUCUCCCAGGACGAAGCCCACAAGCUGCUGCAAGGGGGUGGCGGAGAGGGGGCGGCAGAGCCCACCAGCUCUUCCCCAGAGAAGCACAAAGACUACGUAGACCUCGACUCGUCCGGGAGCCCGGCCGAAGAGCAGGAAACGCUGCUGCAGGGAAGCCAGGAAAACAGCCAAGAGGGCAGCUCCGAGCAGAGCAGGGAGAGCAAGAGCAAGCCUCCUCCGGGCCGCCCCCACCGCAGCCCCAAGAGGAUGGGGGUUCACCACCUCCAUCGGAAAGACAGCCUGACACAGGCCCAGGAGCAAGGCAACUUGCUCAACUGA